UUGAACCCCACUGCAGAUAAAAGGCUUCCCAUCCGCACUCCAACCGAGCAGCACCUGGAUCGGCAGCUGAAUCAGCUGGGCAGACGGAACCUCAAAGGCUGUACAAAGAAGCGCAGAGGACGAGUCAAGAUUCCCUGUGUCUCCCGUUAUCAGCAAACAAGCCAGCCCUUUCUGGAACCGCGGGGACGUACUGUACCUACAUCAAGUACUGCUUUUAGCAUUGUCUUCUGCAUCAACACAUCAAGUCUUGUCAAUGUCAUCCAGCUUCACUGCGCAGAGCCUCAUUCGACCUACCAACCACCACUCGCUCGCCGACGCAGCCAUUGUCACAAUGGCUGCAUAGACGUCAGCGGAUCAUCCGCAAUGGCCGGUGGCUUCGUCAAGGUCGCGUGCCCAACAACUACUUCCUCGUUUGUAGCACUGUAAGAGCUUGUCUAUUCUUUGAAUACCUAUUGAAUACCGCUCUUCCUACGUAACGAUGCCGCCACGGAAGAAGAACGAUUCCGUAGCCACCAGCGUCGCCACCUCGGCCGACUCAAGCGCCUACCCAAGCAGAUCGUCCUCACCAUCACCCAAGCAGUCCUUUCGCUUCUUCGAUCUGCCCGCGGAGCUGCGCUUGCAGAUACUAGAACAUGUGCUUCACAUCGGCAAGCCGCUGGACCUAGAUCCAUACAACUACCGCACCAUCAUCCCACGCCUCGCACUUUUUCUCGUCUCUAAACGAAUGCAUGAAGAAGCGCAUCGAGUCUUCUACUCCCAACCCAUGCUACUCUUCCCAUACUCUGAUCGCUUCUUCAACACAAAGAAACCUCUUCUCUCCCGCUUGCCACCACACUACCGCGCAGAGAUCACGACCUUCGAAAUCAGACUUGGAAAAGGCUGGAGCGCACCGCCACGGUGCCAGAAGGUUACGGAGACGCUUGGCCUGGCAGACUGCACAAGCUUACGGACACUGAAGAUCUUCGUGGAAUUGGAUCCAAGUGAGAGCUUCUUCAAUGGCUUUCGAGGCAAGAAUGCUACGGAGGACACGUAUAAGUGGUUCUGCAUGGACUUGUUGCGGGGUCUCAUUGAUGAGCUGCCUAGUCUGGAGACGGUGGAGAUUGAUGCGUACAUUAAGCGUGGCUCGCCGUUGAUCGUGGGGUUGAGGAGGGUGGUUGACGAGGCGCAAUUGCGGUUUGUAUGGGGACCGUUAAGAAGGCAGGAGCGGGAGGUAGAGGAGGUUAGUGAUAUGGGAGCACUGGAGAAGGCUGUGGCGGGGUUGAAGCUGGAUGAUUUGCCACGUAUGGUGGAGGCCAGUGCUUAGUGGGUAUGAAUGUGGCAGGAUGGGACGCUGAGCCAUAGAGACUGCAGGACACCAUGCCAUUCAACCGCCAAUCUUAGGCACAUCCGUUGAGCAACAUUCUUCUGCUGUGCAUCGUCCCGGGGAGACUGCCGUCGAUAUAGCACAACCCUUGAUCAUGCCACUUCGUCGCUCGAAAGGACCACGAUAGCACUCAGCGCCAGAUUCGCUCUGUGUGCGGAUCUUAGUAGGUUCGCCGCCUUGCGUAACCGUGCCUAGUGGUGGAAGCUUAGGGUAAGGACAUGGUUGUAGGCUCGGGCCUUUGCUUGUUCAAGUAUACAGUCUCAGCCAGUGUUAGACUGGUUCACGACGAGAAGAGAAGAUGCUGCAGAGGCCAUAUUGUGUCAGGCCUUAUUGACUUCAUGAUCCUACGGCAGCUGGAUGGAAGUGAAGGUAGACAGCAGUCACGAUACAUAUGCUGCAGCGCUAGAUCAGUAGAGCUUUUCUG